UGCGAAUCGGUGGACCGGUCUAAUUCUAAACGGCUCUGCUCCUCGCUUGGUUUUCCCCUUCCCAACUCCGAAAGAUAUCUCCGUACCAGAACACUUCCUGGUCCCCCAUUGGUGUAAGCCCUCGGGUCUCUUCCACUUACCAAAACAAAACGAACUCAGGGGCGGGAGCUCGAUGGCUGCUGCUCCUCCACCCCUCUCAACAUCCCACCGCUGCAUCGCCCCAAAUCCCUUCCCCCUUUCUCGUUAUCCUUGUUCUGCUACCACUAAUCGUGAUUACAUUUAUACGAAGAGCAAGGAGGAGGUAAAGAAGAACAAGAAGAAGAAGCAUCCCGGCGCGACUGUUGUCGCAGCGGCUGCAGCGCGGUCCCAUUCCGAGAGGACGAGCAGCAGCAGUGGCGGCGACGAGGAGAAGGCGAGGGAGAGGAGGGAGGAGGUGAGCCGUAGGAUCGCCUCCAAGAAGGCGAUCUCCGUCAUCUUGAGAAGGGAGGCUGCUAAAGCUAUCAUCGAGAAGAAAGGGGGCUCAACCAAUUCCAAGAAGCUUCUCCCACGCACUGUCCUCGAGGCCCUCCACGAGAGGAUCACCACCCUCCGUUGGGAAUCCGCCCUCAAGGUGUUCGAACUACUCCGUGAGCAGCUUUGGUACAGGCCCAACAUUGGCAUAUAUAUUAAACUCAUUGUCAUGCUUGGAAAAUGCAAACAGCCUGAAAAGGCCCAUGCACUCUUCCAAACCAUGGUUGAUGAAGGUUGCAUCAUAAACCAUGAAUCAUACACUGCCCUCAUUUCAGCAUACAGUAGGAGUGGCCUCUUUGACCAAGCAUUCUCUCUGCUCAACAAGAUGAAAAUUACUGAGGGCUGCCAUCCUGAUGUCCAGACAUAUUCCAUUCUCAUCAAGUCUUGUUUGCAAGUCUUUGCAUUUGACAAAGUUCAGAUUCUGCUUUCUGAUAUGGAGAGCAUGGGGAUAAGGCCUAACACCAUCACAUACAACACACUAAUUGAUGCUUAUGGAAAAGCAGGCAGAAGGUUUUGGGAGAUGGAGUCAACACUCAUGGAAAUGCUCUCUAACCAUGAUUGCAAACCUGAUGUAUGGACUAUGAAUGCUACUCUCCGAGCCUUUGGUGGUAGCGGGCAAAUUGAGACAAUGGAGAAGUGCUAUGACAAGUUCCAAAACUCUGGCAUUUCCCCCAACAUCAAAACCUUCAACAUACUUCUAGAUUCCUAUGGCAAAGCUAGGAAGUAUGAAAAGAUGGGUGCUGUGAUGGAAUACAUGCAGAAGUACUACUUCUCCUGGUCGGUGGUUACUUAUAACGUGGUUAUUGAUGCAUUUGGGAGGGCAGGAGACCUGAAGCAGAUGGAGUAUAUCUUUAGAUUGAUGAAGUCUGAAAGGAUCAAGCCCAAUUGUGUUACACUCUGUUCACUUGUUAGAGCUUAUGGAAGGGCAGGGGAUCUGGAUAAAAUAAAAGCACUACUAAGAUUUAUUGAGAACUUGGAUGUGAUGUUAGAUACUGUGUUCUUCAACUGCUUGAUCGAUGCAUAUGGGAGGGCUGGGUACUUGGCAGAGAUGAGGGGGGUGCUGGAAAUGAUGAAGACACGAGGCUGUACACCAGACAAGAUAACUUACAGCACCAUGAUUAAGGCUUAUCUCAGCAGAGGGAUUGAUAAUCAUCAUGUUCAGGAUCUUCGCAAUAUCAGCAGAGUACAGACUGCCACACUGGUGGACGAUGCUACUUUACAAGCUUGAACACUGAAGGAUGUGGCGUUUGCCUUCCCAUUCCUUGGCUCUCUGUAGAAUGGAGACCAAUUUGAUCUAUAAGACAAUGGCCUUCAAAUAUAAAAUAAAGACCAGAGAGAAAAGUGUCUCGAGCAUCAUUUUGUUUAAUCUUCAAAACUUCCAAAAGCUUCUUUUUCUUUUACCUGUUUUCAUCAUUUCUUCACGAGGUGACCAGACAAAAGUUUCUUGUCGCACUUCAUGCAUAUUUUCAUGGAGCACCAGUUGGUGAUGGGGCUGAUCGUACCUUAAAAUCACAAUCCACCACAUCUGUACGGUGAAUGGAGAUUAAAAUCUUGCGCAGUAACUGAGUUUGAUACUGCUUUUUUUCUAGGGAACUCUGCUCUGGGAGAGGGUUCUAUAAUUGUUAUGUGAACUUUUGCUUGGAGCUCUGUUUUGUUUAUUUAACAUCCUGUGACAUGGGGUGGGGUGGAUAUGUCUGUAAGAUGGCUUGGCCGCUGUUCUGGGGUCUUAUCUUGGCCCAAGGUCUUCUGCUCUGGUAUAAUUCGAGUUUGUCUAGAAUGGUCUACGCUUCUUUCGGUUAGGGCUGUGUCUCUGUUUUUGUCAUGUCAGAAAUGGUUGCAACUUUUGUCACCGUUCGCUAAAUAAUAAAAAUAUUAAAAAAACUUGGGCAAUAA